AUGAGGAUAAAGAAUAAGAGGGUGUCGUCGAUGCAAAGGGUGCUUAACCUGUUGAGGUACGUAGCUCUGCGCAAUACUUGUGGAGGAAGAAACUGCAAUCUCUGCAACUGUAAACUGGACCUGUUAUUGAUCAUAUUUUAUGAAUUGUUUGGUUAUGCAGGAAUUGUGAUGCAGCGCGACGUGGUGGAAGGAAUGGCAUACACAAAACAAGUGAAUGAUCUAAAAGAAGAUGUGAAGAAGGAUAUGCUAACUACAUUUUCAAGCAAUGAUAAUAUGUUGGAGAAAAUUUAUUUGGUUGAUUCAAUUUGCAAACUUGGGGUUUCUUAUCACUUUGAGGGCGAGAUCGAGAAUGUAUUGUGUCAAAUGUUUCAUAUCCAAGAUCAUCACCUCCUUUCUUAUGAUGACAAUGCCUACGACCUUUACGCUGUUGCACUUAUUUUCCGAGUGUUUAGACAACAUGAUGUGUCUAACAAAUUCAAGGGCAAUGAUGGUAAGCAAAAGGCAACUCUUGCUAAUGUUGCAAAUGCCAUGUUAAGUUUGUAUGAAGCUUCUCAUCUAAGCUUUCAUGGAGAAGAUAUUCUAGACGAAGCCCUUUCUUUCUCCAAAUCUUGGUUGGAGUCAUUGGUCAAAAGCCAGACAAUUAGUCCUCAUCUUCGACAGCAUAUCAUGAAUGCCUUGGAGCAAACAUAUCAUAGGGGUAUCCCAAGAAUAGAGGCCAGGAAUUACAUAUCUUUCUAUCAACACCAAGAUUGUCACAAUGAAAAGCUUCUCAAGUUUGCAAAAUUAGACUUUAACCGAGUACAGUUACUGCAUCAACAAGAACUAAAAUUUCUCUCUAGAAUUGUGGAGUUGUACUCUUGGGCAGUAUCAAUGCUGUAUGGGCCUCACUAUGCACAAGCUAGAAGGACUUUUACUCAAAUGAUGAUGAUGUGUGUGAUUGUUGAUGAUACGUACGACGCAUACGGGACAUAUGAAGAACUUCAACAAUUUUCCAAAGCAAUUGAGAGGUGGAAUAUUGAUGCGCUUGAUUUACUGCCGGAUUAUUUGAAAAUUUUCUAUCAAGCUCUAUUAGAUCUAUUUGAUGAAUUUGAUGAGGAAAUGACAAAGGAAGGAAGAUCCUUCAGUGUAUCUUAUGCCAAGGAUUUAAUAAUAGAAGUGUCCAAUUCCUACUUUGUUGAGGCUGGGUGGUUUGAUAAAGGGUACGUGCCACCAUUGGAAGAGUAUAUGAGCAACGCAAUAAUCUCUGUCAAUGGUCAAGCUCUAGCAGGAUCAUGCUUUGUGGGGAUGGGAGAAGUUGCAGGAGUCGAAGCAUUCGAAUGGUUGAAAACUAAGCCCAAACUGCUUACAUCAGUGAGUAUACUUGGGCGUCUCAUAGAUGACAUUAUGUCGUGUAAGGGUGAGCAAGCAAGAGGACAUGUUGCAUCUGCAGUUGAAUGUUGUAUGAAACAAUAUGGUGUUUCGGAGAAGGAGGUGAUUGGGGAUUUGAAAAAGAGAGUUGCAAAUGAAUGGAAGACUGUCAAUGAGGAAUGCUUGAGGCCAUUUCCUGUGUCAAUGCAUCUUCUUCAGCGGGUGGUUAACAUAGCUCGCAUUGUUGAUACAAUGUACAAGUAUGGGGAUGCAUUUACAGAACCAGAAUAUAUCACCACAAGAAAUAAGAUAUCCAAUUUCAAUAUUCUUUGCAUUUGCUUACCGAAAUCUAGGCAGGAGUUUGGUGAGGCCCCUUUCAAGAAGCCACUUGCCUUUUGUGAUGGCUUCGUUGAUCAUAUGGACUUGCCUCCGAAUCCUUUGAUUGAGAGGGGAGCACCAAUAUCCAUGAGGAUUCUAGAGUAUUUUUGCUACGUAUCAUACGAGGUAGAAACCGGCCAUGGGAGCAUUGUGAAGAUCAGUGCAAAAAGAAACGCCGUUGCGGUAGAGUCUUCUUUGUCCAUGCUUGCAGCAGACUCUGUGUCGGAAUAUCACUAA